AUGCCCAAGUUUUACUGUGAUUACUGCGAUACGUACCUCACUCAUGAUUCUCCAUCUGUGAGGAAGACACACUGCAGUGGCAGGAAGCACAAAGAGAAUGUGAGAGACUAUUAUCAAAAAUGGAUGGAAGAGCAGGCCCAGAGCCUGAUUGAUAAAACAACCACUGCAUUUCAGCAAGGAAGAAUUCCUCCCAACCUGUUCUCAGCUCCUCCACUAGGAGGGCCUAUGAUCCCACCUCCUCACCCUAGCAUGAUGGGGCCUCCCCCUCCUGGCAUGAUGCCAGUAGGACCACCUCCUGGCAUGAGGAUGCCUAUGGGAGGCCACAUGCCUAUGAUGCCUGGUCCUCCAAUGAUGAGGCCCCUUCUUCAUCCCAUGAUGGUGCCCACUCGCCCAGCAAUGCCUAGACCAGACAGAUAA